AUUCAAGUGCAAACUUGCUCUCUUAGGAACUUAGCCUAGCCUGCCUGCUCCCCCCUCUUCAAUUCUUUCUCCAACCAUGUCAACUUGGCCCCGUCUUCUCCCACUGCAACCACACCACUCAAAUGCAGCACUGGUCGUAAACAUCCCAGCAGCCAACAAUCUCACAAAGCCUCAGCGGAGAUGGAGAUUCGCUUUCGCCGCUAUCUAUUCCAUUCGCGCUCUGCUCUCGACGAUCAAGUCCCUAACCAGUACUUCUCAUGCUAUCCUUGACAUCAACUCAAGUCCUCCCCACCAUUUCUCCAAUGUUGCAGGCACUACUAAGAAAAGAGCGCUUGCCAAAAUGGCUAAGGAAAAAAACUUGGAUGACCUCAAACGUCUCGGCGGAGUCGGGGGCGUAGUUGAAGCUUUGAAAACCAAUGCUGACAAUGGUAUCCACGGCGGAGAAGAAGACGUGCAGUGGCGGGCUCGAGAAUUCGGCUCGAACGAAUACAUCAAGCCCCCUCCAAAGGGCUUCUUUCAUUUUCUUUGGGAAGCCUUCAAGGAUGUCACCAUUAUCAUCCUGCUCAUGUGCGCCACUCUCUCGCUUGGUUUCGGCAUCAAAGAGAAUGGACCAAGGGAGGGAUGGUACGAAGGGGGAAGCAUCUACUUUGCUGUCUUCUUGGUCAUUGUGGUUUCCGCAGGAUCGAACUACAGGCAGUCGAAACAAUUCGAAGAGUUAUCGAAAGUGAGCGGCGACAUCCAAGUCGAUGUCGUGCGAAACGGGCGGCGCCACCACAUUUCCAUCUCCAACGUGGUGGUUGGAGACGUCGUGAGCCUGAAUAUUGGUGACCAGGUCCCGGCCGAUGGCCUUUUCUUGACCGGCCAUUCUCUGCGAAUCGACGAGUCUAGCAUGACUGGCGAGAGCGAACAAGUCGAGAUCGAACAUGACCACCCGUUCUUGCUUUCUGGAGCUAAGGUUGUGGACGGGUACGGCCGAAUGGUGGUGACCGCGGUGGGCACUAGCACCACGUGGGGGGAGAUGAUGAGCUCCAUCGGCCAUGAUUCGGCAGAGCAGACGCCGCUGCAAGCUCGGCUCAACAAGUUGACAUCUGCCAUCGGCAAGGUAGGCUUGGUGGUGGCCUCCCUGGUUCUAGUAGCUAUGUUGAUUCGUUACUUCACAGGAAGUACUAAAGAUGAAAAUGGACGUAGGGAGUACAAUGGAAGAAGGACCGGGUUCGAUGAGAUCAUGAACGCCAUGGUUCGAGUGGUUGCAGCGGCCGUGACGAUCGUGGUGGUGGCGAUCCCGGAAGGUUUGCCUCUUGCUGUUACAUUGACUUUGGCUUAUUCCAUGAAAAGAAUGAUGGUUGAUCAUGCGUUGGUUCGGAGACUGUCGGCCUGCGAGACGAUGGGUUCGGCGACGACAAUUUGUACUGAUAAAACAGGCACAUUAACCCUAAACCAGAUGAAGGUGACUGCGUUUUGGCUCGGAAAAGAAUCGAUUUCUGCCGACGCCUACAAAGCAGUUUCUCCUUCUAUCGUUGAGUUGCUUCGCCAGGCAGCUGGUCUAAACACCACAGGUAGUAUCUACAAAACCAAUUCAGGCUCAGAGCCGGAGUUCUCCGGGAGCCCAACAGAGAAAGCGCUGCUCUUCUGGGCUGUUCAAGAAUUGAAUUUGGAUGUUGACGAAUUGAAACAAAAGUAUGAAAUCCUCAAUGUGAAAGCCUUCAAUUCCGAAAAAAAGCGUAGUGGGGUGUUGUUAAAAUAUGAGGCAGAUGAUAAGAUUCAUGUCCAUUGGAAAGGAGCAGCCGAGUUGUUGCUCGAAAGAUGCUCGUAUUAUUACGAUAGUGCCGGGUCGCUAAUACCCAUACAUGCUGGAGAUCGAAAAGAAAUCGUGCAAAAUAUCCGAAGUAUGGCGGCCGAGGCCCUUCGGUGCAUCGCAUUCGCUCAUAAAGAAAUUAGAGUGGAAGAUGAUGAUCAUCUCAAUUAUGAAGGCCACGAAAGGACGCGGCCGCUUGACGAAGAAGACCUAGCAUUUCUAGGUGUUGUGGGUAUAAAAGACCCGUGUCGACCCUUCGUUAAGCAUGCUGUGCUGGAUUGUCAGAACGCAGGUGUCGAUGUCAAAAUGGUCACUGGGGACAACAUUUUCACCGCGAUAGCCAUCGCACUCGAAUGCGGGAUACUCGAAUCCAAUUCAAACAUCAAAGAAAAAGUAGUAGAAGGGGUCGAGUUCCGAAACUACUCUCACGAAGAGAGGAUGAAGAGGAUCCGCGACAUUCGCGUGAUGGCGAGAUCCUCCCCUAUGGACAAACUCCUAAUGGUGAAAUGCUUAAAACAAAGCGGCAAUGUGGUUGCCGUCACCGGGGAUGGAACGAACGACGCGCCAGCAUUAAAAGAAGCCGACGUCGGGCUUGCUAUGGGGAUUCAAGGUACCGAAGUGGCGAAGGAGAGCUCGGACAUCAUCAUCUUGGACGACAACUUCAAAUCGGUCGUCACUGUUUUGAAAUGGGGAAGAUGUGUUUACAAUAGCAUUCAGAAGUUCAUCCAAUUCCAGCUCACCGUCAAUGUUGCCGCCCUCGUGAUCAACUUGGUGGCAGCAUGCUCAAAUGGAGAAGUCCCGUUAACUGCGGUCCAGCUGCUGUGGGUGAACCUCAUCAUGGACACUCUAGGGGCUCUAGCCCUCGCCACCGAGCGGCCGACCGACGAGCUAAUGAAGAAGGCCCCGGUCGGUCGAACCGAACCCCUCAUUACCAACAUCAUGUGGAGAAACCUAAUUUUCCAAGCUUUCUAUCAGAUAAUCAUCCUUCUGACCUUACAAUAUAAGGGCACCUCCAUAUUCAAGGUGGGCAAGAAGGUUAAGGACACACUAAUCUUUAACACGUUCGUUCUCUGCCAGGUUUUCAACGAGUUCAACGCUAGGAGAUUGGAGAGGAAGAAUGUGUUCAAGGGGAUUCACAGAAACCAGUUGUUUGUGUCAAUCAUAGGGAUAACGAUUGUGCUGCAAGUGGUGAUGGUGGAAUUUUUACAGAGGUUUGCAGAUACAGAGAGACUGAGUUGGAGUCAGUGGGGAGUGUGCAUUGCGCUUGCCUCCAUUUCGUGGCCGCUGGGUUUGGUUGUGAAGUAUAUUCCGGUUGGAGAAAAACCAUUUAUGAGCUAUCUAAGAUGCAAGCGCUUCAAGAUUUCUGUGUAGAUGUUCUUCUCCAUUGAAGAUAAGUGUUUUGCAGCAUUGGUAUAAGUUCAUGCAUAUAAAAUAUAAUAUAUCUUUAAGAAGAGCAUAAUUAACAAAUGGCAAUUAUUGUAUUUCAUGUAGUGUGUUCAAAAUGAAAACUUCCGUAAAUAUAAUUGUAUGAUUCUGUAAAUAUUUAUAUACUGAAUGUGGAGCAUCUGUAAUAUUCUAUUGAAGUUCAUGAAGCAAUAAAACAACUUAUGGAAAAAAUUAUUAGAUA